GAGUCCGCCAGUUCCAUCCCGGCGAGCGCCGGCUCCUUCGGACGCGCUGACUUCCGCGUAGGAGACGGACAGGUUCUGUGGCGUGUUGGAAACUGAGUGAAGUGGAAAGGAAAGAACAGAGCAGAGCAAAGUGUGGACGAGACAGCAGGCACUGAACCUCCACGUGGUACAGGCAGUCAGGAGUCGACCUAAGCCGGAGAGGAGAGCCCGAACCGCGGCCAAAGAAUGAACGUUUUCCGGUUCCUCGGCGAUCUUUCGCAUCUGGUCGCGAUAGUGAUCCUGCUCUUGAAGAUAUGGAAGACGCGCUCGUGUUCGGGCAUCUCGGGUCGCAGUCAGAUCCUCUUUGCUAUUGUCUUCACCACAAGAUACCUGGAUCUCUUCUCCAACUUCAUUUCUGUCUACAACACGUCCAUGAAGAUCGUCUACAUCACCUGCUCGUAUGCUACGGUCUACUUGAUUUAUGGGAAGUUUAAAGCGACGUACGACUUCAACCACGACACCUUCAGGAUUGAGUUCCUGCUCGUUCCCAGCGCCAUCCUUGCCUUUCUUGUAAACCACGACUUCUCUCCCCUGGAGAUCUUGUGGACCUUCUCCAUCUACCUGGAGUCAGUCGCCAUCUUACCUCAGCUGUUCCUGGUCAGUAAGACCGGGGAGGCAGAGACCAUCACCAGCCACUACCUGUUUGCGCUGGGCUCGUACCGCCUGCUUUACCUCUUGAACUGGCUGUGGCGCUACUUCAGCCAAGGCUUCUACGAUUUGAUCGCUUUGCUCUCUGGCAUCUUGCAGACUGUGCUCUACUGCGACUUCUUCUACCUGUACAUCUCCAAAGUUCUGAAAGGGAAGAAGUUGAGUUUGCCUGCCUAGGACCUCGCAGGCCUUCGUGGUUUAUGGGGGAGUGUGAUGCGGGGAUUCUGAGGAAAUCCAUCUUGUAGUGACGUCGGAGGUGAAGACUGCAUCUGGACACGCAUUUCUUCUUACUUAAUGGGUGGGAUGGGUUCAAGGCUGGGGGGGGGGGGUGUUUCUACUCUGGCAUCGGUGGGUGCCCAGUCAGGCUCGUGUCCAGGGGGUACCCACACCUUUCUAGUGUUAACCUUUCCGAUGUUUCACUCUCACUCCCCAAACCAGGUGCCUGCAAAGCAUCUCUCCUUGGCCCUAGGGGGUCCCUGUACUGUACUUAAUAUUUACUUACUCAUUUAUUAUGAUGUUUUAUUAGCAGCUCAAAUGCAUUUAAACAAACGAAUCAACUCUUGCAGGAAUAAGGUGACCAUUUAAUUUUAUAUUUUUUUGUAAUGGGGUCUCAUGGUUUUUCUAGUUUUGUUUCUGGACUCCCAGUAAGUUGCAGUGCCCUCUAGUGCUGAGAAUUGGAGUGAACGGUUUGGCCUCUCUUGUGAAGGGCCGGCCGGGCAGUAAACGGCACUCUCUGGGUGAAAAAGAGGACAUGGUGGAAAUGGACGCUGUUAAGACUUGGGAUUUGGUGUUGAGCCGCAGCUGUCGGGGACUCUCAAUACAUAAAACAACUGCUGGACUGUCCUUAACGCGCGUCCACUUGUUUACGCUCGUAACACGGGGGAAUGAACAACUUGUGUGUGACCCCCGAUAACAAAGCCAUAGCGAAGCUGCAGCCCGAGCUUGUUCUCUGCCACGAUCAAGUCGGCCCCCUCUAUCUCUGUCAGAUUGACACUACACGGGGGAUUCUCCCCCAAACAUUGUAAGCCGUGCCCCGUCGUCCACUCUGUCCGGCCACACUCCACAUGUCCACUGCAAGGCUCCACUAUCCGGAUGGGCGAAGGGUUAAAAGCCGAGCCGCGUUUCUAAUCCCCCCCGACGGUCGGGUUUGUACAGACGUUUGGAUUUUUGUGAACUUUAAUAAACUUGACACGAUGUUCUCUU